AUGUUGCAAGUCGUUCGCAGUCUCUUGUACCGCCUCCUCGAUCUCUUGUACGCCUUUGUCGAACACUUGCCCUUCUCAUCCUCCGCCAUCCCCUCAACUCGGCAAGAGUCAAGCUCGACCUUCACCGCUCAACCUCUCCUGCUCUACGCAGCGAUUCUUGUCGUCUCACUCUUUGUUCUCAACGUCUUUCGAGCGGCGCUGACCGACUACCACCGCAAGUUUUACCUAGAACCCAGCACAAUGAUCAUCAAGUCACCCCACGUCUUCACCGCCCCUACCAACUAUACUCUUCCCGAGUUCCUCUUCAAGCCCAUCGACAUCGCUGCAUGCAAGGAGCGCGCAAACGAUCCCCUUCUCUACCCUGCUGAGCCCGAGGUCACGGGUCGUCCCGAUGCGAAGCCUCUCUCGCUCGUCGAUGUGCGCGAAUAUGCCACCAACCUCGCCUCGGCGCUCAUCUCGGGUUCCACCGAGUCCGGUCGCAAGUACGGCAAAGGUGAUGUGGUUGGCAUCAAUGCCGCCAACACACACGACUACCUCGCCUGCGCACUAGGUAUCAUGAUGACUGGCGCAAGUGUUGCUCUCUUCAAUCCGUCUUACAAGCCCAUUGAACUCGCACACCAGAUUCGAAUGGUCAAGGCCACCGCUGUCAUUACCACCGCAGCUUCGUACAAAUCCACUCAGGAGGCCGCUCAACAGGCUGCCGUGAAGGGUGAAGACAGCCUUGAACACCUCGCUACACCUCCUGAAAUCCUUGUGUUCGAGGAGAGCCACGAUGUUUCCAUCUCCAAGAUCCUCAAAGUGGGAAAGGAUGAGUUGCCAGAGACCCGUACAUUGCUGGACAAUGUCAAGCUGGACCCCAAGACCACCACGGCUGUCUUUUGCUUUUCCUCGGGUACCACCGGUGGUCCCAAGGCGGUCAUGCUCUCGCACUAUGCCAUUGUGGCCAACAUCAUCCAGGCUUCUUUUGCCAUGCUCGACCGUGUCAACGACCCUCUCAUUGACGAGGAUAACUGGUACGCUGGCGGCCGAGAACUUCUCCUCGGCUACUUUACUACUCGCGUCUCCGAAACCUGGAACACUGCUGCCGAUGCGGUCAACACCGUCACCGAAAAGCUCGGUGGUGUCCAGUUGGCGCCUCGUCUCAGCCGUGGCGAGUUCCACCUGGGUCUCUUGCCUCUCUUCCACUGCUACGGUCUGCUGAUGGGCUUUAUGAACCUUCACACAGCUACACCUACCAUUGUGCUGCCAAGAUUUGCGCUUGACGUCUUCCUGGCCACCGUCCAGCGCCAUCGCAUCACUUUCUGCUUUGUCGUCCCACCGAUCCUCCUCGCUCUUGCCAAGCAUCCUAGUGUCGCCAACUACGACCUUCGCUCGCUCACCAAAGUCAGCUCUGGUGCUGCAUCACUCCCACACGAACUGCGCUUGGCAGUCAAGAAGCGUCUGGGCAUCGACUCGACCGACGGCUACGGCAUGUCGGAAAUGUCGCCCCUCGUCUGCAGUCAGAACACCAAGGACAUCGAACACUAUCCGGGUACCGUCGGCCAGCUUGUACCUGGCACCGAAGCUAAAGUGAUCGGUCCGGAUGGCAAAGAGGUGGGCUUUGACGAGGAGGGCGAACUCUGCCUGCGAGGACCCCAAAUGAUGCAGGGUUAUCUGAACAACGAUGAAGCCAACGUCAAGACGUUCAUCCCGUCCAUAGACGAUCCCGGCCGCUUCCUGCGCACGGGCGACAUUGUCAAAGUGAACAAGGACGGCUUUGUCACCAUCACCGAUCGUUUGAAGGAUGUAAUCAAGUACAAUGGUUUCCAAGUUCCACCUUCGGAGCUCGAAGCGAUCAUGUUCAAAGAGGAUCGAGUGGGCGACUGCGCGGUGCUCGGCGUUCCGGAUCAAGAAGGUACCGAAUUGCCAUGGGCUUUCGUCGUCCUCAGCCCCAAAACCAAAGAAGAGAUUGGCGACGACGAGGACAAGAAGAAUCAACUGGAAAAAGAGUUGCUCGACUUUGUCAACCAACGCGUCAACGCCAACUACAAGAAGCUUCGUGGUUUGACAUGGCUCGAUGCGCUUCCCAAAUCCGCUUCGGGCAAGAUCCUAAAGAAGGACAUCCGAGCCAUGGUCGAACAGCACAAGUUGAGCGCUCGCAAGUAA